UUCUCUGGGCGGGUGGGCGUGUUCCCAUUACUGACUGUGGCCGCUUCUCUGGCCAGAGAGGGGAGGGAGGAAAUGGGAUUGGGGAGUCCUGAAUGGGAGCUAAGUAGGCAAUUAAAAAGAUGUCAGGAGAAGGGCGAGGGCAGGGCCAGCAGCCCAGACCCGGGAUAAAAGGCCUCCACCAAGUGACAGGGAAGUGACACCACCCCCAUCUCCUCCACAGAGGAGUCAUCGAGACAUCGAGGCAGAUCUGAGCCUUGCUCAGCCUCCUCCCUCCAGCCCCCAAGGAGCCCCCAGACCCUGCUCUGUGACCUCUGCUCUUUCUCUUUCCCAUGUCUCUAAGCAUCUUGGUCUCGGUGUGAGAGGCUCUCUCUGUCUCUGUCCCUCAACCUCUGGGUCCUUGAGGCCUCCCCCUCUCUCAUUCUCUCUCUCUCUCUGCAUUUACCAGAACCCAACCCUCGGCCCCCAGAAUGUUUGUCCUGCUGACAGCACUUCAGAUCUUGGCUGUAGCCAUGAUACAGAGCCAAGCGGAUGAGUCCAAGAUAAUUGGCGGCCAUCCGUGCAUCCAGAACUCUCAGCCGUGGCAGGUGGCCCUACUGGCAGGUCCCGGGCGUCGAUUCCUCUGCGGAGGGGCCCUGCUGUCUGACCGGUGGGCCAUCACCGCUGCUCACUGUGCCCGCCGGAUCCUUUGGGUCGCCCUGGGCAAGCACAACCUGAAGAAGUGGGAAGCCACCCAGCAGGUGCUGCGCGUGGUUCGCCAGGUGCCACACCCCCAGUACAACUCCCGGACCCACAACAAUGACCUGAUGCUCCUGCAGCUGGGGCAGCCUGCUCGGCUGGGGAGGGCGGUGAGGCCCAUCCCUGUGGCCAAUUCCUGUGCCAGUCCAGGGACUCCCUGCCGUGUGUCGGGCUGGGGCACCACAUCCAGCCCCAAUGCCAGGUACCCCAACUCUCUGCAGUGCGUGAACAUCAACAUCAUCUCGGAUCAGGAUUGUAGGCAGGCGUAUUCCAGAGCCAUUACCUCAGGCAUGGUCUGUGCAGGAGUUCCCCAAGGGGGGAAGGACUCUUGUCAGGGUGACUCCGGGGGACCCCUGGUGUGCAGAGAACAGCUCCAGGGCCUGGUGUCCUGGGGGAUGGAGCGCUGUGCCCAGCCUGGCUACCCCGGGGUCUACACCAACCUGUGCAAGUACCAGAACUGGAUCCAGGGAACCAUACGGAGCAGAUGAUCGCCAGUGUGACCAAAUGUCAGCCGCCCGACAUGCUUCCCUAGACACUGCUCUCUCCAUUCAAGACUCAGGAGUCCAGCCCCUGGAGUCCAGGCCCCCAGCGUCCUCAUCCUGACCCUUAUCUCAGAACCCCUCUCUCCCAGAUCAGUUCCUUCAGGUUUUUUCUCCCCACCCCCACAACAUCACCAUCAUUAUUCAAGACCCCCUUAGGCACAGAGGGUGGGAGCCUGAAGGCACUUAACUGACACCAUAUUCCAAAGAAGGCAAUUUUCAAAAUUCUCAGUACCUCUAAAAACCAGGUAAAAUAAUAAUAAAAAUUGAACAACCCUAAAUUCCAUUCAUCUGCUCAUUUAACUCAUUCAACAGAUAUGUACACAGUGGCCCCACUGCGCCGAACCAGGAGCCAUAUUCUGACAAGCGGCUGAAUAGGGUGCAUGCUGUUCCCUGGGGGUCUGCCUUCCCCCCGACCCAUUGUAUCUGGAGUGGCAGAAGGAGACGCCCAGCCUUGCAGUGUGACGCUGAGCUGGACUGCCCCUCCCCGGCCUCCUCUCCAGGUCCUGCGAGCAAGGAGUGCUGAGAUUCAAGGCAGGGAGAGCAAAGACCUAUCCCGUUCCCUGGAAAACUCCAAGCAAAUAGAGCCGGCCCCUUUGUCCUAAUCAGAUCUCAGGUGAAGAGAGCUGAGUUAAUCACCUUCUUGAGUUCAAGUCCUGGCAGAGCUCUGCUGUCAUUUUAUUGAUUUAUUUCCACUCCUCAUCCGUGGCUCUGGUCCUCUCCAUCCCACAGGCACCGACACAAGUGGCCUCAAAUACAUGCCUUGUUGCAUUUCGUUGUUUCUAAUCUGCACAAAACCAUGGCGUUGUGAAUCCCAUUCUCUUUCUUGCUGUCAUUCAGUGGCUAUUUAUUGGGCACCUACUAUGCACCAGACAUGAGUCUAUUUACUAGGCACCUACUCUGCACCAGACGUUGGUCUAGGUGCUGGCAGUGGAGCUGAGCACAACCCAGAGAAAUUAAAUGCUGCCAGAGCUUACAUUCAAGCAGGAGGUGAUAGACAGGAAACAGUAAAGAUAAUUUAAAAGUAGAGAGUCCCUGUGAGUAAAAAGGCCAAUAAACUUGGGCUGGGCAGCAGGCCCAGUGUGUGCCAGAGCCAGCUCAUCCCAGCCCAUAAAAGCCUAUUGGCAGAUUUUCAGGAAUCUGAGUUGGUUGCUAA